AUGCCUCCUUCACGCCAACCCACCAGCCGAUCAGAUGCGGGAAGAUCGCUUCGAGAGAGACUCACUCAGCCUUUGCAGAGCAUCGCCUCCAAACAGCGUGCCCCCUCGCCACAAAGAUACCCCUGGAAAAUCGGCAUUUACAAUGGGGUGACCUGGCCAAAAUUGAAGGCUCACCUCGAAACCUUGUUCCCCGGCACAGAGUUCAAGGAGAGAACGGUAAUCGAGCGCGCUCUGGUGAAGGAGAGGCUAUGGUGGCUAACGGUCAAUCCUACAGAAGGGAGACUAUUGGAUAGUCAAAGUUCCAGCACCAUUCACAACAGAUCGCAAAAACGAGAUACUACAGCUGAGAGAUGA